GAGACCGGACUGAAACCGCUCAGGGUGGAAUAGCUCCGCCGUCGCCAGGCAACCGCCCUGACGCAACGCAAAAAAAAAAAAAAAAAAAAAAAAAAAAAGUCCCUUAAAAAAAAGAAUAGUGCUGAGAAUUCACGGGAGCAGAGAGAAAGGGAGGCAGAAGCCAGCUCAGCCCAGAGGCCGGAGCCAGAGGCUGCGGCGCCCGGAGCCCACGUCCCGAGAAGAAGGCUGGGGCUAGGUGACUCCCUUGGAAAGGGCCUUGGAGCGCCUCGGAAGGUAUGGAAACAGCAGCUCUCAAUGAUAAGUGGAGGUACAACCAUUAGCACAGGACACCGGAAACCGAGCUUCACGGGGAGACCCCCCGGGGGAGUGUGGGGCCUCCAACCAGCCAGCCCGCAGCUUCUCACCGCCUUCCCUGGCCCGUGAGGAGGGAGCUCAAUCCUGCCUCCCCGCCAGUCUCAGAUCUGCCUGCACCUCCAGGACUGAUAGAUCUUCUGGGCAAAUUUGCCCCCAAAGAUUCCUGCUGACGCUUGUCUGUUCCUGCCUUUUGUGAAACAUGGCAUCCGCAGGACACUGGGAAGAAUCUUAAAUCCUGACCCUCCACAGCUGCCCUGGAGGGCACCCUGUGUGGCUCAUCCACGGCGGGCCCCUGUCAGCUCCGGGAGCUGCUCACAUCCCAGCAAUGCACUCAGGAGCCCUGACCCCAGCCGGAUGAGAACAUUCCUGAGUGGGACCCAACCUUGCCACCCACCAAGAAUCCCACACCACCUCCCACUGCCUCCCAUGUCUGGCCGCCCCAGCAGACUCUAGAAUGUCUGUGCCUCAGAUCCAAGUAGAAGAAGUGGUAGGUGGGGAAGAAGAGCCAGCAGGAGCAGCCCUGCCUCCGGAUGACCACCUCCGGAGCCUGAAGGCCCUCACUGAGAAACUGAGGCUGGAGACCCGAAGGCCCUCCUACUUGGAAUGGCAGGCCAGGCUGGAAGAGCAGACAUGGCCCUUCCCGAGGCCCCCUGCUGAGCAGGGGGAGUGUGGGGAGGAGGACCCCUCAUCCCGGAGGAGAGAGCCCAGGCGGCAUUCCCCACCUAACGGGAGUGGCUCCCAGGACGCUGGGCCCCAGCCUGCCGGCAAGCUGGAAGGCUUUGAAAGUAUCGACGAGGCUAUAGCCUGGCUCAGGAAGGAACUGAUGGAGAUGCGGCUACAGGAUCAGCAGCUGGCCAGACAGCUCAUGCGCCUGCGCAGUGACAUCAGCAAGCUGAAGAUCGAGCAGACCUGUGACCUACAUAGGAGAAUGCUCAAUGAUGCCACCUACGAGCUAGAGGAACGGGACGAGCUGUCUGAUCUCUUCUGCGACUCUCCGCUGGCCUCCUCCUUCAGUCUCUCCACCCCACUCAAGCUCAUUGGAGUCACCAAGAUGAAUAUCAACUCCAGGAGGUUCUCUCUGUGCUGAGAAGCCCUAGAAGGUGUCAGAGGAGCCAGAACAGAAUGUUUGGGAGGCGG